UUUUCGCUUUCUAUCGUUAUUUUGAUUUGUCGUUUUGCCCGUUUAUUUUUGGAACGGUCGCAACGUUUUAACUAAUAUAAUUGGAUACAGAAGGUAAAUAUCCCCCACAUGCUUUUGAGAGUGUUCUCGCUAAAAUCGCCGGGCAACGUCUUGCCAACAAUAACGAAUUGACAUGACUUUGGAGGAUCCCUUCUUCGUGGUCAAAGAUGAAGUUUUUAAAGCAUUAAAUAAAACAAGAGGUUUAUAUUUACGUUGGAUUGAACUUCAAGAUGAGACAGUUUGUAUUACGAAAGAGGAAAUUGAAUGGACCAAUACGGAAUUAAAAAACUCCCUGAGGAGUAUUGAAUGGGAUUUGGAAGAUCUAGAGGAUACCAUUGAUAUAGUUGAGAAAAACCCAACAAAAUUUAAAAUUGAUAACAAAGAAUUAACCACAAGAAAAAAUUUUAUUGAUUCAACACGAGUUGAAGUAAAGUCUAUGAAAGAUAAAUUAAGUAUGAAUAGAUCAAAAGAGAGAGAUCGUUUAGCCAGACAGCCUUUACUUGAAAGUAGUCCAGUACGAGUUGUGAACAGUCAUGGUACAACCAAGUAUUCAAAACUUGAAAACGAAAUAGACAGUCCACAAAGGUUCAUAAAUGAUACUUUGUCACAACAGCAAUACAUGACGAGGCAACAAGAUGAUCAUCUUGAAGCCAUCAGUGAUUCAUUGGGAUCACUAAAAACCGUUUCAAGGCAUAUUGGAAUGGAAUUAGAUGAACAGGCUGUUAUGCUAGAUGAAUUUGGAACUGAAUUAGAAAAUACUGAUUCUAAGCUGGAUUCAACUAUGAAAAAAGUGGCGAAAGUUUUUAAAUUAUCAAAUGAUCGUCGCCAAUGGACAGCUAUAAUAAUUUUAUCAGUAAUGUUAAUAAUUGUGAUAAUUUUAUAUUUCGCAAUCUGAUUUCCAUUAUUAUUUCAUUUAAUUAUUAAUUUAUCUAGCAAACUUACCUACAAUGACUGUUAUUGGGAUAUUAAAAUAAUAAUAGUACAAAUACGUUUUAGUGUUUUACACAGUUGUUCUGAAUUAGUCAAAAGCUUGUGCUGCUAUAAAUGAAUUAAAGAUAUUUUUAUUUUACAAUGCAUAGUUUAUUACAUAAUAAUUAUCUUCAUUUUUUUGAAUAUACUAUAUUUAUGAUAUACAAUAAUAUAUUUUACUGUAAUUCUUUCGACUGUGCCAUUGUAGUUAUAGAUUCCUUAAAUAGAUUAUAAUAAUUGUGAUUUAAAUCCCCCCUUGGAGAUUAUAUUAUACAUAAAACGUAAUAAAAUUAUUUAUUGAUUAAAUUCUUAGAAAUAAAAUGGUAGUAACAUGUGUUUUCAGCACUUUAAAUGUAUUGACAAAUAUAGCGCAGGUAUUUAAUUGUAGCGAUUUGUAUUUGUAAAUAGAAAUGUUUGUCGUAUGAAUUAGCAAAGAAAUAAAACAUUUCAUUUCACAAUUAUA